AUGGCUCAUCAGAGCCAUGGAGCUUCUCCUGUAUUUAACAAAGAAAACUUUGUUGGGUUUAAUGCCAAAACACCUAAAAUAAAUGAAGACUCUGAGGUAAAAAUAGCAGCUGAUGAUGCCAGAGUCCUGUUAGAGUUUAGAGGGAACCGAAACAACACCAAGAAAAGUGAUGUUUUCUCUAAAAAUGGCAGAAAUGACAAAUUGAUCCCAGUUCAUCACAAGAUGACAUCUGGCAUGCGAUUCAACAGAACCAGAUUCAAAAUCCCCUCGAGAUCCAAAGUGAUUUCAAAUUCUGCCAUUCACACUACAGCGGGUACUAAGGAAGUCACUGUGGAUUUGCCUCAGAAAUUAAACCUGACUGGAAGCUAUGGAGUGUUAAAACUGAUAUCCAAAGACAACCUUGUGCGGAUUGUGAAUUCCCAGCUUCAGAGUUUGCCAGGUCUCAAUAUUCCAGGCAGGAAAAGGAAAAGUCACAGCAGGAAAAGGGAUUUGAUCAACAUGGAUCACAGCCAGAUGGAGGCACUCAAAAUAAAAAAACAAGAUAGGCCAGGUACUCUUGAACUUUAUAACUCUGAUAACCAGACUGUAGAGCUACAUUCAAGCUCUUUUAUAAAUGACAGUCUAAAUCCAGAUCAGACUGUUCGCACUCUUUGGAAACCAUUUAGUGGAUUCAAUAUGGAUGUUGUCGAGGGGGACAGAAAAAUGGACCGGGCACCAGGCACAGCUUCAUGGAAGUACAAACACUUCACGACUCACAUAGCAUCAACUCCCCAAAGUGAGGUCAUGCCCAGCACAGGAACGAAUCACUUCACUGGACAGAGUGAUACCCCUACAUCGUUGCAUAUGGGCAUACCACACACACCUUCUCAAAUGGACUCGGUACAUAGAUCUGAUGUCACUUUCAGCUCAAUGACUGAAAGAACUCUUGAUGUUAAAGGGAAAUCAGAUCAGAGCAUUCACAUGCCAGGACUGGAUUUCGGUGUCACUCAUAAUCCGUUGAUGAAAACUUCAGAACCCAUCAACAGCAGUCAUAUCCUAAAACUUCCCCCAAAUCCAGAAUGGAGAGGGAAGGAAGCAGAGGACAGUGAAGAGAUGACUGUGGACUCCCAUCCAGGAAGAGGUGGUCAGGGACUUGUGUUUCAGGAAAUGGAUGAGGAUGAAGAUGAGGAGCGGAGCCAACAGAAAGGAGAAAUCUCUCGAUCUAGAAGAAGACGAAGCUGGAUCUGGAACCAGUUCUUUGUCAUUGAGGAGUAUGCUGGGCCAGAACCAGUGCUAAUUGGAAGGCUUCACACUGACAUGGACAGAGGUGAUGGACGCACUAAGUACGUGCUGCGAGGUGAGGGGGCGGGGUCAGUUUUUGUGAUUGAUGAGAAGACAGGCAACAUCCAUGUUACCAAGCCCUUGGACAGGGAGGAGAAGGACGAAUACCGGCUGAUUGCCACUGCAACAGAUAGUCAGACAGAGCGUGCCCUGGAGCCUUCCUCCCAGUUCAUCAUUAGAGUGCAAGAUAUCAACGACAACCCACCUGUGUUUGAGGAAGGGCCCUACAGUGCCACAGUACCGGAGAUGGCAAACAUAGGGACCUCUAUCAUCCAGGUUACGGCUUCAGAUGCUGAUGAUCCAACCUAUGGGAACAGCGCUCGACUAGUGUACACGCUGGUUCAGGGACAGCCGCACUUCUCUGUGGACCCACAGACAGGUAUCCUACGUACUGCAGUUUCUGAUCUGGAUAGAGAAGCACAGGAUCAAUAUUUGGUGGUCCUACAAGCUAAAGACAUGGGUGGCCAUUUGGGCGGUCUGUCAGGAACAACAACGGUUACUGUACGGUUGACAGAUGUCAAUGAUAACCCUCCACACUUCACACAAAGUUCCUGGCUGUUCUCUAUAUCAGAGUUGGCCGUGACUGGGGCGGAGGUGGGCCGGAUCUCAGCAACAGAUGCUGACUUGGGUGACAAUGCCAAGCUGGAAUAUACCAUCCUGGACGGAGAGUCAGGGGACACCUUCAACAUUACUGUAGCGAAUCAAGAGGCCGUGAUCAUUCUCGACAAGGCGGUGGACUAUGAGAGCCGGAGCUCUUACUCUUUCUCAGUGGAGGUUCUGAAUCCCACCGUGGACCCUCGCUUCCUCCGCCACGGGCCCUUUAAAGACCGUGCCUCAAUCAGAGUGGCUGUGUUGGAUGCAGAUGAGCCCCCUCGCUUCUCACGAGCACGGUACCGAAUGGAUGUGUCAGAGAACUGCCCGCCGGCUUGCACAGUGGGACGGGUCAGUGCAGUGGACCCAGAUACGGGGCUCACAAACAACAUCAGGUUCUCCAUCGAUCCUCAGUCUGACCCAGAGGCUCUGUUUCGCAUCACUCCAGACUCUGGGCUCAUCACUACUGUAGCUGAGCUGGACCGUGAGCAUGAGCAGUGGUAUAAUGUCACCAUCAUUGCCACACAGAGAGAUAACCCCAGCCAGGUGUCCAGGGUUGUUGUUGCCAUAGAAACGCUGGACUUAAAUGACAAUGCCCCAGAGCUGGACAGGCAGUACAGUACUGCCAUUUGUGACUCUACCUCCACUGGACAGGUGGUGCAGGUGUUGCGGGCGAUUGAUAGAGAUGAGGGAGGAAAUGACAGCGCCGUUCAUUUUAACAUCCCUCUGGACUCCGGUGCUGCCCUCAACUUUAGCGUCAGGGAGAGUGGAGGCCCCACUGCCAGUUUGGUACUGGCAUCACCUUUGCAGACCCUGUCUCGCUCUGCUUCAUCCUCCCUCACUCUUUAUGUCCCUCUGGUCCUGAGGGAUGGGACUUCAGGUUUGACCAGCACAGGAACAGUCACUGUAUCUGUGUGUCCCUGUCUGAAAGGGGGAGCCCGGGCUGGAGAAAAAGAGAAACAAAGUGAGGCAGAGUGGGACAGAGAGACGGUCUGUUUGCCCCAGCACUCUUCCCUGCCCUCACCUGGACUCAGCACUGCUGCCCUGCUGGCUAUUUUAGCCUGUGUGGCCACUCUGUUGGCUGUCAGUGCUUUGUCACUCUCCCUGCGCAGGCAGAAAAGAGACUCUCUUUCUCCAUUAGAGGAUGAUGAUGUAAGAGAAAACAUCAUCACAUAUGAUGAUGAAGGAGGGGGCGAGGCUGACACGGCAGCAUUUGACAUCACAGCGCUGCAGAGUGCUCCUCACAAUACACGCAGGGGGUACCGCACACUGGACAGCAGGAACAUACGUUAUUCACAACACAAUCAGGAUAAGGCUCGUACUUAUAACAGCUGGGCUCAGGCUGGAGCACUGGACCCCGGGCAGAACGCAAGUCAAGGGGCCCCUCUAUACGGGAGGCUAUGCUACAGCAGCCACACCCUCCCAGUGCUACGUCACUCACAGGGGCCUUAUGAGCCUGGCUUAUCUGAGCUGGCUUACCGCUUUCCUGGGAGUCAACCAGAUCACUCACUUGUCAUUCAGAACCAAGCUGCCAUGGUGGGGCCUCUGGAGCCCGGGGCCAAUUAUGGGGGGCCAGCAGAGGUCAGUCACAGCUCUAAAGAAGGGAUAAUAUCUCAGGACAGAGCAACCACAUCAGGGAGAGGAACACCAAGCAAAAAUGACUCAAAGGAGGAUUCAAGCAGUGAUGCUCAGCAGAGUCAGAAUCAAAGACAGGAUCUGGACUGGGUCCAGUCGGAAACAGCCCCACGUGAACGAGAGUUGGUGUUGACCCGUUCCGGCUCAGUUGCUGGGCCGGGUCCCACUGGUGGAUGGGUGUGUGACACCACCACACUUCCCAGAUCAGGGCGGCACUCUUCUCGGGACAGUCUUUCCCUGAACCGAAGCAGUACUGGCAAUGCAGAGUCCAACCACGCCAGAGUGGUGGAUAAUGUUAAUGGCAGUGCGGAGGUCCAGAUGCAAUCUGUCAGUGGCAAUUACGCCACAAUCCUGCAGGGGGAGCCGCAGAGAGACUACCCAGGGACUCUGGGUCGGGGAGGGUUGGAGAUGGGUAGUGGUUUUGUGUUGGGGAGGCCCGAGAGAGAGGGGAGCAUUCCGUUGAGUGGGAGUACCUGUGCUGGGAUGGGAUAUCCAGAGGGUGGAGGGUUCAUGGGAGACUGGCUUGAACGGGUGGGUUUAACAGGGUACCCGCUAGGCAGGAGGGAUAUGACUCCCCAACUGCUUCCAUACCCUGGGCAGGGCCGGGGGGAUUUUAGGGGAAUCCUGGGUUAUGGUGGAGCCUGGCCCUCAGUGCCUGACACAUCGGGAAGGGGUGGCCCUGUAGGAGGGGCACACUCCCUGGCCCUGAGGGUUGGCGAGUUCCUGCGUCUGCGCCUGGCACAGGUAAUGUUUGACCCCUCGCAGCCUCCUUACGACUCAGUGCAGGUGUACGGGCUUGAGGGCACUGGAUCGCGUGCUGGGUCGCUUAGCUCCCUGGACAGCGAGGGAGGGAAGGAUUCCGAGAAGGAGGUAUGGGGAGCAGGGCUGGAAGAUUGGGGCCCACAGUUCCAGAAAUUAGCCCAGCUUUUUAGAGAGAGAGAGAAGGAGGGUGGAGAGAAGGAAGAAGAUGGGGAGACAAGCAUAAAGCACAAGGAUAGAGAAUGGGAGGAGAAGGAGGACCAGUCUGGAGACGAGGAGCAGGCGAAUGUCUGAGAAAGCGAGAGUGAAAGGGAGGGGUGGUACAAUGAUUAAAAGGCAACAGGAGUUAGGAUAAUGGAAAGUGAAUGGUAAGGAGGGAGAGAUGAAGAGGAAAGGUAAUAAGGGAAGACAGGACAUGGAGAGAGAGGGAAGGCAAUGGAGAGAGAGACUGAUGCAAUUUGAAGCAAUAAGCGCUGAUGUGUGAGCACAGAGACACUUAGAGAUGUGUUUCUUUAGCCAGCAUUUAACAUUCCUCAAGUGUGCUGGGAAGCGAGUGCAAGUUAACUCUUCUAGGUCAGGGGUUUUCAAACAUGGAGCCAAAGGACGGUUUUAAAGGUCUGCAGAAAGUUUGAAAGAAAAAAAUAAAAUGUAAAGGCCAAAGCAUACUUCGCACAUCCAUGUUGUGGAUCCAGUCUGCAUGGCCUCCGUCUGUGUGCAUCGUUGCCGCAUGCCCCAGCUAUUGACUCUACUAAAAGAUUAUCACAAAGAAGUGGGCAUGUGUCAAACGUGUUAGAAUUUCCCGGUCAGAAGAGUAUACUCACAAAUGCAACGUGGUCGACCAGGCGUGAGCCGAUCUGGAACAUGCAAAAACAAGUAUACCUGGGCCUUUAGACACAAAUAACAUUUGUGCAUAUAGUUUUGUUAAAAAAAAAUACAUUUUUCAUCUGUCCAAUGUAACGUAUUUGUUUCAGAAAAGAUGUUGCGAUUUUACAAAUACACUUAAAUUAAUUAUGCUCCUAGUUAUAAUGUUGGGCAGGAAAAAAAAAGUUAAUAUUUUCAGAUAACAUUUUUACCAUUUGAUUUGGUUUUAGUACAAUGACACACAAAAAAAAAAAAAACAUUAUUUAUGUAAUAUACAUAUCAUACAUUAAAAAUUGUAUUUAAUUUUAUCCAGCUUAUAGGUUUUUUUGAGUCACAGAUUCUACGAAAUGUGAAUUAUAUUGCAUUUACAUAAAAACAUGUAAGACCAACAGCAUUCCCCCAAAUUUUGUCCCAACUUGCUUAACAAAGUUGUCUGAACGAACAAUCUCAUAUUCAUAUUGAGCUAUUUCAAUUUCUGAUUUGCGAGUUCCCAGCAUGCAUCGCAACAUGUAUAAAUUUAGCGGUAAGUGUUAUACGCUUAUUUUUCACUGUUUGCUGACUUUAUAUAUAAUGCUAAUUUAGUUUUUUUUUGUUGUUGCCAUUGUUAUUUAAUUGUUAAGCGUUCAUCUUCUAACUUAAUGAGGUUUGUUGAUUGUCACCUUUAUUGAGGUUUGUGUGAUAAGGAUUGAGGUCUAUUGUGUGUCUAUGACAAACAAUUGUACAUACUAUUUGUAUACCUUUCUUCAGAGACAAAAAAAAUGCAGUUAAUUUAAAAUGCAGUUAAUUAUUAAUUCUCUAUUGUGAAUUGAUAGUUGGCUGGACAAGAAAUUAGUAGUUUUUUCAACAAGAGAUUUAAGUUGACUAAACAAAGCAGUGAUACUGAGGACAAUUAUUAAGAACUCAAAUAUUGUCCUGCAUAUUUGAUUUUUUAGCUUUGCUCAGUUCGUCAGUGUGUGUGUGUGUGUGUGUUUGUGUGUGUUGUUUUUAUAUACUUUUAACUGUGAAAUCAGUCUUUUUAAAUGAAAAAAAAUUAAUAUAUAUAUAGUUGCCAAUUUAGGAAAGAGGUCAUCAUAUGUGGGGGUCCUUGUCAUCAAAAUGUUUGAAAACCUCUGUUCUAGACCACAUUAAUAAAGAGAGAGAGAGAGAGAGAGAGAGAGAGAGAGAGAGAGAUUUGAACUUGUAAUUCUGUGGCAGUGUGCAAGACAAUGCCACCCCAUGGGAGUAAGAGACAAGGGCUGAAUAACACAGAUGAGAUGUUAAGGAACACGUGAGAGGGGGUAGGAAAUUAAAAUUUGUACAGAAAUUUUUUAUGCAUUCACAAGAGGGCUGAAUUAUUCAGUCCAUUUCAUUCCAAAAGAAAGCACUGAAUAUUACAGUCGAGUCCUGAAUAAUUGUCUGCUGAAAUAUUCUUGGCAUUUACACAUAUACAAACAUUUUCGCGGACGAAAACACACAUCAAACCCUGUAUUUCAUACCUUGCUUGAAAAUUCUGCUUUGCCUCUUCAAUGCGGAUGUCUCAUUGUCAGGGUUCAAGAUUCACACAUUUUGCCAAGAACAGAUUGUUUAUGAAGUUGCUCAAGAAAACAAAAAUCACAAAAUAAAAAUGCUAAAACUGUGCAACAUACUGUAUACGAGGAGAGAGCUGACAAGCCACAAACUAACAGAUACAGUAAACUAUAAUUACCUGUCUAAAAGCCCUUGAAUAAGUAAACAAAUAAAUGUUCAAGUUCGAGACGAUCUAUGAAAGCUGACAGGCCUGCUUCAGCUACAAUGCACUUUUAUAUAUGAUGUUCAUAAAUAGAUUACAGAUUGUUGUUGUUGUUGUUGUUUUUUGUUUUGUUUUUUCUUUGAAAAAAAAAACAGAUGUUUUAUGUUUAAAUGUAAAUAUCACUGAAUGCCAUUGUGAAAAGUGACAACAGUUCUGUGGUCUUUAACAAAAAAAAUUAAAAAUUACCACUAUACAAUGCCACCUAAAAAUACAGGACUGGGGAACUGGAUAUAACUGGAAGACAAUGGACUAGACUGGACAGACAGAACUAGAUUAAACCCUGCCAUUUACAGUAUGUUGGAUUUAUAUACAUGAUAUAGAUGUGUUGCUCUUCCCAAACCGGCCAUUUUUUAAUUGAAUUGAAUGCAAAGUCAUUGUGGAAACUAUGUGAAAAACUGUAAAACAGACUUUUUCUAAUCCUCAUUCUGGGUGGAGCACACACUCUGCCUUGAUGUCCCGAUUAAUCACACUGUUUGUUGCCACGUGGACUCUGAGUCACUGUGACUGGACUAAACCAGAACCACUUUAUCAUUUCACAAUCAUGUGCACGGGUUUAGAGAGAAACGAUACCAGGGGGCUUCACAAGAUCCAAACCUAUACCUGCCGACCAAACCAACAAAUGUCAUGUCAAUAAAAGGCAUGCUCUUAAAUGAUUAAAUUAAAUAUCAUGUCAGUUUUAUUGUAUGGUAAGAAGUUUGACAGAUUACAGAAAGACAAAUUGCAUCCCUGUUGAGUAAUUUUUUCAACAGAUUUUGUGGGACGAUAAAAAGAAAAUGUACUCUGUUCCCAUUUCAUAAAUAAUGUUCAUAAUUUUUUUAAUUUAUUUUUUUAGGUUCAUUAGGUAAAAAUGUAACUGGGUGUGGAGUUACUAUAUUCAUCCUGGUUUCUGCCUUCUUUUUGCACUGUAUUUGUUCCAGCACUAAGUUGGCCCUGUUGGUACUGAGAUCUCACAAUGGCGUGUACUAAAUAAAAUGUAUUUAUUAUGUUAUAUUUUUCCUUUUAUUUUUUGUAAAUUUGAAUAAAGACAGUAUGUUUUGAGGGGGUGUGUGCGCAACAUAAUGUGAAUGCUCUUUUUUUUUAAAGAAACUGCAGACUAAAUUGACCUUUGACAAAAAAUAUGUGUAUGUGUGACUGAGUCAAGUGUGUAAUCCAAUGAUUCUCAAC